AGCGAAAGCAAAGCGCUGGAUUCGCUCAUAAAGACCGCAAAACUGCAAAAGUCAACUGUGCCCCGUUCCCGUACCGAGCCAGAAGGAUUAGCCAAAAUAAGCAACAAAUAUGGUUAAGCACAUUUACCUGACGUUGGCUGCAUUGCUCACCUUGGCCAUUGCUGUGAGUGCCGCCCCCGCCAAAGUGGAGUAUGGACUGGUCCAGGACGGUGAUUUUUCAGCUCUGAGAAAAGUCGAGGAGGCACAAAAUUCCAGCGCGGACAGCGAUGCUGAGGACGAUGACGACGAUGAGGAUGAAGUGGAGAAAAAGCAGGAUAGUGCCACCGAAGACGAUGAUGAUGAUGCCUCGUUUAUCCGAAGACGCCGCGAGGCUGUCGUGGAACCUGCCAAGGAAACAGCUGCACAAAUCGCUGAGAGCGCCACAACCAUUCCCACGACCAGCUCAGUAACAACCACCCGUAAACCGGUGCUCGUCCUAAUACGUGAUGCACUCAAAAAGGUCACCGCGGAGCUGCCCACGGAGCAGGUGGCCAACAAUGCCCUGCAGUACUUCCAGCUGUUCGAGCACUUUAUACAGCAAACCAUCGAGCAGGUUAUUGAUGCUGCCGAUGACGAUGAGGAGGAGCCACCAGCAACUGCUGCCACCGCCGCAACUGUCACGGAGGAGCAGGAGGAGGACAAAAAGCCCGAGUUGCCAGAGACGCAGCCCGAAAAGCAAUCCGAGGUGGCCGCAGCUGUAACUGCAGCUCCUGUCGAAAAUACGGCCCAGCCCGCGGAGCCAGCAAUUGCUAGCAAUGCAGUCUAG